GUGACCAUGAUUGUCUUUUCCCAACUGUUCACUGCCCUCUACUGCUAGACUCUAGUGACCCAGCCUUUUGCCGACUACAUAACAUCCUUCUUUUUCCUUCCGUUUGUCCGACUGUCGUCGGAAAGACUGGCUGCGCGACUUAGUUCGACCUCUGAGGCUACCGCGUCACUGGAGACACGAAGCGCACCAAUUGUAUCGGCCAGGCCGAGUGCACGAGCGAGUAUGGACUCUGUCGACUCUCGUACACGAGGCAAGAUAUCUCUGCAGUCAUCUGGCUCUGCCUCCUCUUCCUCCGUGCUACCAAGACGCCUCCUGGCUGACGUCUUACUUGUUAUUGCGCUCAAUGCUGGGAAGGACUACCUCCUCACUGAAGUCGGGGUCUUCUGGGUCUUAGUCAGGGUGCUCGCAUGUGGAGGACUGUCAGUCAUAAUCUGGUUCGCGACUGCCGGGCAAUUGCACACCAAGCGUGUAACCGAGUGGUCAGUCAUGGGCAUGUCGUCGUUGCUCCUAUUCCUGCGCCACGCAGGGUUGUUCACCGCGCUGUAUCGUCUGCCCUCCACUCGGGCUAUUCUCUUUACCCACUUUUCGCCAUUCUGGCUGAAAUCAUUGACGACGUUCGCUUCUCUCAAACAGGCUUCGGUCGUCGUGCUAGCCCUAUCUCUAUCAUUUCUUUGGGAUGCCCGCUUCUCUCCCGCGAACUUUGGAGACCAUCUCCCUGGCUAUGGAGCUCUGAUAGUUGAAGCGGUGUCGUCUGCGGCACUCGAACACACGGAGUCCAUCCUGUCGCCGUCCUUGGGACAGCCGGUAGCCACGGCCAUCAGCUUGCUAGGAGCAUGUGUAUUCAGUCUCCCGCUUUAUAUGCUAAGACAUAUACUGCUAGGUGAUUCAGGCCAUCGCAUACCAAGUCUUGCAUCGCUGGCCGUCCUCCCUUGCAUGGCGUAUAUUGUACUGCACUUCGAGCCUAAGGCGUCGGUCAGCUCGAAUAUCGCAGUGACGUCCCCACGUUAUUUGACGCUGUCAUAUAUCAUGACAUUCAGCGCUGCUAUAAUCUUCGGGUAUCUGGGAUUCGGCCACGUUCCCAAACUUAUCGACUUCGUGGUUCCAGCAUUAUUGUUCUAUGGCGUUUACCCCAAGCCAGCUCAACAUUCUCGUGGAGCAGGGUCAUUUUACGCGUCGAGCAGUCGGCUUAUGCGAGCAUACCUGAAGGAUAUUCUCUCAAAUCCAGAGUCCCGCAAAAUUUUCUACUUCCUAAUGCUUAAUAUGUGCUACAUGCUUGUCCAGAUGUUGUAUGGCAUCUGGACGAACAGUUUGGGCCUGAUAUCUGACGCUAUUCAUAUGGCUUUCGACUGCAUGGCCAUCGCUGUCGGCUUGAUUGCUUCCGUCAUGGCCCGCUGGCCGCCCAAUGAGAGGUUCACUUACGGCUAUGGUCGCAUCGAGACUUUAUCUGGAUUUGCCAAUGGCAUAUUCCUGAUUCUCAUCUCGGUAUUCAUUGUCUUCGAGGCUAUUCAACGCUUGUUGGACCCUCCGGAGAUGAACACAAGUCAGCUACUACUCGUCAGCUCGCUAGGUUUGGGUGUAAACUUGUUCGGUAUGUUCGCAAUGGGAGGCCAUCAUCAUGGCGGUCAUUCCCAUUCCCACUCCCAUGGUCACAGUCAUGCACCGUCGGUUCCUCCGACACCCAUCUCCUCUGCCCACGACCAGAGUCACAGCCAUAGUCAUGGUCACAUGCAUACGGAGGACCAUAGCCAUGACCACAGUCACACGGAGGACUAUAGUCAUGACCACAGUCAUGACCAUCAUCACUCUCAUUCCCACUCCGUCAUUGCUGACAGCGAAAGUGAUAUACAGACUCAUCCGACCCCGUUGUCUUCGCCCCGGAGUGAACACGGCCACUCUCACUCCGCAUCGCAUAUACCCUCCGAACCGCACUCCCACUCCCAUACACAACCUGCUCACAAUCACUCUCAUUCCCACUCCCACAGCCAUAUCGAAGAUACCCAUGCUCCCUUGACUUCCUCAGAGUCGCGCUCUGGGGUGCACUCCCGUCAUCAGUCUCUCGAAAUCAAGAUUGACACCCCGUCUCAUCUUCACCUUCACCCAGCCCAUGCGCGUCUGCAAGCUGAAAAUGUCAUCUCCCCCAUCACUCCAAAUUACAAGUUCGGCCACGAUGAUCACUUUGAAACUCACCAUUCGUCCGGGCAUGCACCAAAUCUCCAUGAUCAUAGUCAUGUGCACGACCAUGCGCAUGAAGGCCACAGCGACAACAUGCGCGGCGUUUUCCUGCACGUUAUGGCCGAUACCCUUGGCUCAGUUGGUGUCAUCGUCUCAACCCUUCUGAUCCAGUUGUAUGGCUGGACAGGUUUUGACCCGAUUGCCUCGUUGUUCAUCGCAAUUCUGAUCGCGGCGAGUGUCAUCCCGCUAGUCAUUGAUACCGGGAAGGUGCUUGCCCUGGAUCUGGGCACGAAAGAGAAGUCCAUUCGAGAGGCGUUGACAGAGCUCAAGCCCAUCGAAGGCCUCGCAUCGUAUUCCGCCCCCCGUUUCUGGCCCAAGGAUUCGUCAAGCACCAUUGGCACAAUCCACAUCCAGCUCGCGCAUUCAGCAUCCUCUUUAGACCCCGGCGGACCUCACUCAAGUACCCGUGCAACUGUCACAAGAGUAGAUCGCGUAGUGGAACGCGUGGAUAAGCUUCUGAGGAGUCGCGUUCCAGGGUUAGAAGAGCUGACUAUUCAGGUCGAAGAUUCGUCUUCCCAUUAUGCGGACUGAGCUGUCGUUUUCUGUACGUUGCGAGAAGUGUACUGUAUGUUACAAUUUGG